AAUUCUACUUUGUCUAUUGACUGCCAUUGAAUGUCUGCCAUAGACAUUGUAAACUUUCAGACAUCGCGGUGUUGUGCGUGUAGCUUCUCAAGUGAACUCAAAAUUUGUUUUGAAAUCCAUUAUCCUUUCAAAAUGUGUUAGAUUUCUAAGUGAAUGCGUCAUUAGCAACGAUGGACGGUAACGGUUGCCCGGACGGGCAGGACGAUAUAGACGGCGGGAUUUUCAAUGACAAAUUUCAACUUCGUCCAAGCGCUGAUGAUGAAGAAAAGAAGCUGUUUUGGCUGGAAGGAGUGAUGGGGUGCUUCUCAUCAGUUAUCUCCGUGUUCCGCCCGCCGGCAGAGAAGCCAGCGCUAGAAGAAAAAUGGGAGAUACCAGCGGAGGCGAUCACGAACCUGGUGUACCUCGGCUCCGGCGCCCAGGGCGUCGUGUACGGCGGGCAGAUUAACAACGAAAUGGUGGCCGUGAAGAAACUGCGCGACCCCGCCGAGACGGACAUCAAACAUCUCAGGAAACUCAACCAUGACAACAUAGUCCGCUUCCGCGGGGUAGUGACCAAGCCCCCCACUUACUGCGUGGUCAUGGAAUACUGCCAGUACGGGCCGCUGUUCGAGUUCCUGCACAGUGGCUCCCUCUUCGCGCCCAAACAGAUUCUCAAGUGGGCGAAAGAGAUAGCAAACGGCAUGGCUUAUUUGCACAGUCACAAGAUUAUACACAGGGAUCUUAAGAGUCCAAACAUCCUCAUAGCGGACAACCUGGUUGUGAAGGUGUCCGACUUCGGGACGUCGCGGGAGUGGAACGACGUGAGCGCCAUCAUGUCGUUCACGGGCACCGUGGCGUGGAUGGCGCCCGAGGUGAUCCGCCACGAGCCCUGCUCGGAGCGGGUCGAUGUCUGGUCGUUCGGCGUGGUCUUAUGGGAACUUCUCACUCAGGAGAUACCUUAUAAGAACAUGGAGACGCACGCCAUCAUGUGGGGCGUCGGCACCGACACCAUCUCCUUGCCCGUUCCCACCACAGUGCCCGACAGUAUGCAGCUCCUGCUCACUCAAUGCUGGAACAGGACGCCUAAAAACAGGCCACCCUUCAAAAUAAUAGCGGCGCACCUAGAGAUAGCCGGCGACGAGUUCGCAGAGAUCCACCAGGAGACGUUCAGCGUGACCCAGCAGACAUGGAAGAAAGAAGUGCAAGAGGGCAUGGCGCAGCUCUACACAAAAAGCGAGAAGCCGGCCGACGUGCAGGAGACGGCCACUAGGAAAGAGGAGCUCAAACACGCACGAGAUAUCAGACAGGUUUACGAGAAGCAACUAGCGCGAGCCAACGAGUUGUACAUGGAGGCGUGCGCCGUCAAACUGCAGCUAGAGCAGCGGGAAGCCGCCCUCACAGAACGCGAAAAGGCUUUGAAAUCAUGCCGGUGCGGCUUCCGGAAACUGGCGCUCCACCGCCAGAGCUCGACCUCGUCGGACGGCAAGUGCCGCGCGGAGCCGGUGCACAGGCGGCAGCGUAAGCGGGACACUGUCACCACGCAGGAACAACUGAAGACCAGCACCGCGCUACUGACCGACUCCAACAAGAGCUCGACCUCGUCGGACGGCAAGUGCCGCGCGGAGCCGGUGCACAGGCGGCAGCGGAAGCGGGACACUGUCACCACGCAGGAACAACUGAAGACCAGCACCGCGCUACUGACCGACUCCAAGAAGCGCUCGACCUCGUCGGACGGCAAGUGCCGCGCGGAGCCGGUGCACAGGCGGCAGCGGAAGCGGGACACUAUCACCACGCAGGAACAACUGAAGACCAGCACCGCGCUACUGAGCGACUCCAACAAGAGCUCGACCUCGUCGGACGGCAAGUGCCGCGCGGAGCCGGUGCACAGGCGGCAGCGUAAGCGGGACACUGUCACCACGCAGGAACAACUGAAGACCAGCACCGCGCUACUGACCGACUCCAACAAGAGCUCGACCUCGUCGGACGGCAAGUGCCGCGCGGAGCCGGUGCACAGGCGGCAGCGGAAGCGGGACACUGUCACCACGCAGGAACAACUGAAGACCAGCACCGCGCUACUGACCGACUCCAACAAGGUAUUAUAA